GAUUUUAAGUGCAGUAAAUCUGUUAAGGGUAAUAAGGCAAAAAGAGAUGGUUUUGAAAAGGCAGAUUCUAUUGACUUUGCUUCACUGUGUGAUCUGCCGAAGACUCCUGAAAUGAGUAUUUUAGAGUUUUGAAAAUUUGAGAAUUUGAAAAGAUUUGGAGGACUCAAAGGUCAGAUCUGAAGAGAGGAAGUUUUAGCUCAAAGCAGAAAUGAAUGAGAAGUAAGUAGCUUUCUAUGGCUUCACAAAGGCUUUAUAUUUUCAUCUUUGUUCUCCAUGAAGCUAUUAAAUAGAGCAAAUGCAGUUUUGGACCACCUGCAAGGAAAAAUACAACAAGACAUUACAGUAAACACAGGAGUAAAAGAGAAAGAUCUAGGAAUCAAGAUAAGAAAGAGAAGAUAUAUGGUAAUCAACAAUUAUUAAGAGAUCAGAUUAAGUACAGAACGUUUUAUAAAGGCUGUUCUUCAAGAAAGAUGCGACCCAAGAAUUCCCAACUAAGCAGGAGCAUUGAGAUAUAAAC